AUGAGACGUAUGGUCUCUUUAGGGACUCCGCCUCGAAAACGGACCUUAUACCAGCCAGCAACGACGACCAAAGGCACCUUUCUCGGGUCAUCGCCCACAAUACGCGAGUCUUCUAAAGCCGCCACCAGCAUGAUUUCACGGAAAUCUAGUUCAACGACGAGAGUAACGACCCCAAGAACCACUAUCAGCAACCCAGAUGCCUCUCUCAACUACAUCGAAGAGCUUCUAUACCACUCUAAGCAACCAGACACUACCAGCGACUUGAAACGUCCUCGUGCAUCAUCAGAAUCUACCCUAGUGGAAGACGAAUCAAAUACACGACCUUCCACUGACUCAAAAAAGCAUACCUACGGCCAACCCUGUCCAGAAAAUAACGAGCACUGCCAUUACCAUCAUCAAUUGACUCAAUACUGCCACAUACCAUGGCGUAAUUGCUCUUCAGCCCUAAACGCUAUCAAGCAAUCAUACAGAACAGGCGGUCAAUGGAUCGGUGCUCCAAAGGGAUGGAACGAGACACACAAUUCCUGCCUGAAGACGGACAAAAAGUGUGAUGCUCAUGCCCAGCUUCACGACAUUGUGCUAGAAAAGCAAAAGAACAAGAAGUAUCCGGGAAAGCCUAGAGCAAGAGGAAGGCAUAGCAGGGGCUCUGGCAGUCUGGGGAAGAAAGGAAAGGAAUGA